AGUUUAGGUAAUCUCAUACUUAUUCCGUUGGGGACCUCGGCUUUUCAACUAUCUCUAAUGCAUCAUCUAGGUACCUUAUCACAGGUACAAUACCUCAAUGGCAUAAUUGUGCUCUAUUCUGUCCUCAUCGAUGAUAUCGUAAUCUAUCGCUAUCACUAUCAGAACAAUCAACAUAUUGUCAACGUAGAGAACUUGAUCGACUCUCCUAUGCAGAUAACACAAGACCAAUAUCUAAAAUUCAUAUCUUAUCAUCAACUCUGUGCACUUGUCCUUCCACGUGGUUAUAACUCUUAAAACUGGUAUGAGAGCUUUCCGAAUAGCUGCUUCUUAUACUACCAUGGCUACCCAACUCGUCCACAUACCGGAGAUCGAGCGGCUGAGUCCCGCCGUGAUCCGAAUUCUCGGCGGCAACCCUAGCAAAUUCGCGCUUCAAGGCACUAACACAUAUCUCAUCGGAACCGGCCCGAAGAGGUUAUUGAUUGAUACCGGCGAGGGUAAACCCUCGUGGAUUGCGGCCUUGAAGAAGACUCUCGAGGAGGAGAAAGCCAGCAUUCAAAUUGCUCUCCUCACUCAUUGGCACCACGACCACACAGGCGGGGUCGGCCAACUAUUAGAACACUCGCCGCAGACAGCCAUCUUCAAAAACCAGCCGGCGGAAGGUCAGCUAGAUAUCGCAGACGGCCAGAAAUUCGAGGUCGAAGGGGCCACCCUGACGGCCGUCCACACCCCAGGGCAUACCGUAGACCACAUGGCUUUCAUCUUACAGGAGGAAGACGCGCUGUUCACGGGCGACAACGUCCUAGGGCAGGGCACGUCCGUCUUCGAGGACCUCGGGACUUACCUGCAGAGCCUGGCGAAGAUGGAGAAGCUCGUGGACGGCCGCGGGUACCCAGCCCAUGGGCCCGUGCUGCCGCGGGCUCGCGCCACGAUCGCCGAGUACAUAGCGCACCGGCGGCAGCGGGAGCAGCAGGUGCUGCAGACGCUGGGGUCCGCGCAGGAUCGCCACCGCCUCUGGACGCCGAUGGACUUGGUCAAAGUCAUCUACCGCGACGUCCCGGAGGCUCUCCACGUGCCUGCCGCGAACGGCGUGGUCCAGAUCCUCCGGAAGCUCCGGGAUGAGGGCAGGGUCGUGUUGGAAGAUGGGGAUGCGUGGCGCUUGAGUAAUACUAAUGAUACUACUAGUAGUAGUGAGAAUAAUAAUAGUAAUAGUAAGGACCGGUCGAGCUUAUGAAAGAAGACGACUAUCGGUCGAUUGAUCGACCCAUGCCUCGUACAGCAUAUAUAGAUAGGUACAUUCUAAGAAUCCUGAUUAGGUAUUCAGCUGCCCGCAUAGCCCUCGGGUGAUACGUGCACAUAAUAGUUGCGUACACAGCAUUUUAAAGUGCUUUGUUCUUGUUCCACAUCAACCGCCCGAGCCUUUUCGCGUCCGCCUGGAAUCAUCUUGUAUCCCAUCCCAUCCCAUCGCUUGGUUCACAGAUUUGGCACGAGCACGAGCACUGCUAGGUACUAAUAUUAUGGGGUUGUACCAACGUGCCGGGAACCGUUAACAAGAUCCUUGGUAGUAUUUGUACCUUAAAAAACGAUGUCAUUCUUCGGAUUUUGGAGGUGGGAUUUAGGUAUGCCCGUAGAGGCCGAGAAGUUGUGUUUCCCGAUGGUUAGUACGUAAAAACGUGAAAAAAAACCCCCCCAAAAAAGUAAGACUAUACUAUAAUGGAGGUCGUCGUGGGUCUUUAUUAAAC